AGGGAUGUCGGACAGAGACAAGGACUCCCCAGGCAGCCCGUCCCCAGGGGACAUCAGCCUCCUGCAGCAGACACACUUCCACGGGGCUGAGCCCCGUGCUGUGAGCCCAUCUCAGGGGCAAAGGAAGUGCGCGGUGUCCUUGGUGGUCUGGUCCUUCACCUCUGUGCUAAGACGAGCUUUGUGAGGGUGCACCAGCGACAGGACAGGACACCGGUAACGGGAAAACAACAGUCAACACAAGCCUGGGGACGGAAAGCUCCACGUCCCAUUGACAGCUCCCUGCCUCGUGAGCCACCUAAUGCUCUCCAAACUUCCCCGCUCCUUAUCUGCCUCUCACACACUGCCUCCCCGUCUUGUAUUCCUGGCCCUCUUAAUCCUUCCUGCCCUAGAAGCAAACGGCCUUUGCAGCCCUAUUUUGUCAGCAGGCUAUUUAAGCAAAAGGCUUAUUUUGCUGAAAAGAGCAAAACAGACCACGCUUUUAUGAUAUUUUACUAGACACUGUGGCAAAUCCUGCACAUAUUUGACCUAGUGUCUGUAGCAUUUAUCUAAUCAAAGGGAUCACCGUGGUCCGAGCAGGACUGGGACAGAGGGCCCUGAAAUGAGGCCACAGCAGGGCUGUACUCCACCUCACCAUCUACACCCUGAGCACAUCAUUAAAUUCAUUUUUAGCCCAGGACUGCCUGCUGAAGGAAAGUACAACCAGCCAUGUGAGUGCAGAGAGGGUCUGUCCUGUCUCCUGAGAGCACAGAACUGUUUCCCCUGCAGAAAAGGAUCACUUAUCACCAAACCCAAGCAGGGAAUCAGGGGCUUUCCCCUGUUCUCCACUUUGCUCCUGGAGAUCUGUAGCCCAAAGGUAAAAGUGCUCUUUGGAAGUGCUACCUACAUCCUAAUUUAACCACCACGGCGAGGAUGGCUCAUGGAGCCAGAGCUGCGUUGGUGCACCCAGGAGGCACAAAUACAAACACAUUUGAAGCCCAGAUUGGCAGCGUGGACCCAGCCGAUUGUGAAAUCGGGGAUGUUUUCAGUGCAGAGCAAGCUGAUACUGAAUCAUCAGUUGCUUGUUUUCCUGAGCAAUCCAGCUGACGCCAUUCAGUGAUCAAUUAAAUACCCGCUCGUUGAUCAUACACUUUUUAGGUGCAAAUUACAGUGGAAUUUGUCAGUCCUGGUGAGGGCUGACAUGCUCUGAGUGAGCUGGGCUCAGAGAGCACGAGCUCUGCCGCUUGUGUGCCCCCUGGGGUCUGCCCCGAGGCGUCGGCCAUGCCAGCAGGCUGGAGGCCCGUAAGAGAGCCGAGGUUGAAUCCACAGAAGGAAACUCCACACCGCAGAGCAAAGCCCUGCUGAGCUGUAAAACGCCCAAUGAAACUUUUAAGACGUGUCAGUCAAAGCAGGGCCAGGGUGUGCCUGACACCGGGUGGCUCCAACACCGGGACGAAGGGGACAGGAGCAGGCCCGGCCGUGCCCUGGGUGCCCGCGCCAGCCCCGGCCUGGCUCGGCCCUGGCUCGCCGCUCCGCUUGCGUGCCUGGCGCUCAGCAAACCCUCACCCCGAAGGUUGUUUGGUCACGGCUGCAGAGUGGGACCUGUUUAUAGGGCACUCAGCCCCUGUAAAACUGGGUUUAUAGGGAAGUAAAAUGAGCCCUACGUCGUUACUUUGCAUAGCAACGUGUAAAUGGCAAUGCAGGCGCUGACCUUCGUGGAGAGGAAAGGGAGAAAAAAGGAAGAGCUGUGGGAGGGAGGGAGCAAGAAGGGGAAAUCAGGGGGCGAAGGCAACGAACGGUGGAGAGGGGAAGGCGAUGACAGAAGUGAAGAGCAGCCUUGUUCUCUAUGCAGGGUUUUUUCCAAGUUUUCCACUCCAGGUACAAUUAAGACCAACAGCAGCAGCUUGGCAUCAAGGUCAAUAGCACCAGAAAGGUGUUUCCUGGGUGGCGAGCGCCUUCUCUCGUGGUCCUGCGUGUGCCUGGGGCUGAAAUGAGCACAGCGCCUCGAGAUUCAAUAAUAAACAGUCAACAAGAAUCACUGCUGCUCCACCAAAAACCCAAAAAAAAAAAAAAAAAAAAAAAAAAAACAGCCUAGCAGCGUUCAGCAGUGGGUGAGAUGAUUAAAGAUUAACCCCCUGCCUCCUGCCUCCACCCCUCUGGGGAGUAUAGGCCUUGAGGCUCAGCAAAUCCUUUCAGAGAAAUAUUUGAAAUAAAAGACAACAGAUAGGGGACGCAGCGAAGGCAGAGAGAGGCAAUAAGGGCCAAUAGCCUCGGACAAGGGAAUCAGUACAAUCUGGCCCGUGUUUGCCGAUGAUAAUGCGCCUUUCCAAAGCCCUGAUAGACAUGGAGAUGGCAGAUUAUAGCGCGGCAUUGGACCCGGCGUAUACCACUCUGGAGUUCGAGAACAUGCAGGUGCUGGCUAUGGGCAACGCAGACACAUCUCCAUCAGAAGCAGCCAACCUCAACACCUCCAACAGCAUUGGGGUGAGCGCGCUGUGUGCCAUCUGCGGGGACCGUGCCACGGGGAAGCAUUACGGGGCUUCCAGCUGUGAUGGCUGCAAAGGCUUCUUCAGGAGGAGCGUCCGGAAGAACCACAUGUACUCCUGCAGGUUUAACAGGCAGUGCGUGGUAGACAAAGACAAAAGAAACCAGUGCCGAUACUGCCGGCUUAAGAAGUGCUUCCGAGCAGGAAUGAAGAAGGAAGCUGUACAAAACGAACGGGACCGAAUCAGCACCCGGAGAUCAAGUUAUGAAGACAGCAGCUUGCCCUCCAUCAAUGUCUUACUGCAGGCAGAAGUCCUGGCACAGCAGAUAUCAUCCUCAGUUCCUGUGAUGAACGGAGACAUCCGAGGGAAGAAGAUUGCCAACAUCGCUGACGUCUGCGAGUCCAUGAAGCAGCAGCUGCUGGUGCUGGUGGAGUGGGCCAAGUACAUCCCCGCCUUCUGCGAGCUGCCCCUGGACGACCAGGUGGCACUGCUGCGAGCACACGCAGGCGAACAUCUGUUACUGGGAGUUGCCAAGAGGUCCAUGGUGUUCAAGGAUGUCUUGCUGCUAGGAAACGACCACAUCAUCCCACGGAACUGCCCCGAACUGGUGGAGGUCAGCCGCGUGGCCAUCCGCAUCCUGGACGAGCUGGUCCUCCCCUUCCAGGAGCUGCAGAUAGAUGAUAACGAAUACGCCUGCUUGAAAGCCAUCAUCUUCUUUGACCCAGAUGCCAAAGGACUGAGUGACCCCUCCAAGAUCAAGCGGAUGCGGUACCAGGUGCAGGUCAGCCUGGAGGACUACAUCAAUGACAGGCAGUACGACUCACGGGGCCGCUUCGGGGAGCUGCUGCUGCUGCUGCCCGUGCUGCAGAGCAUCACCUGGCAGAUGAUAGAGCAGAUCCAGUUUGUCAAGCUCUUCGGCAUGGCUAAGAUCGACAACUUGCUGCAGGAGAUGCUGCUGGGAGGAUCAUCAAGUGAAACGCCGCAUGCUCACCACCCCCUGCACCCUCAUCUGAUCCAGGAGAACCUGGGAACAAACGUCAUUGUGGCCAACACAAUGCCUCCUCAGAUGCACAAUGGGCAGAUGUCAACUCCAGAAACUCCCCAGCCGUCUCCACCCGCGGGCUCAGGGCCAGAGCAGUACAAGCUGCUGCCCGGAGCCAUUGCAACCGUGGCGAAACAGCCCAGCUCCAUCCCACAGCCUGCCAUCACAAAACAGGAGGUCAUCUAGCAAGCUGCAGACCGGCUGGCCUCGUUGAGAAGACCGUGUGGGAGAAAAGCCCGAGCUGACUCUGUCACUGUGAAAAGAGAAGCCAUCCAGAGGUCCUCAGGCACAAACACACGGACUUGCUUAUUGGACUAGUCCACCACCACCAAAAGCUGUCUUCCUGCAGCUACAGGCAGCGCGUGCCACGGAGAGCCUCGAGUCACAGAACUAAGGUUGAAGCCUUACUGAAACCCUCAUUCCUCAUAAGGAGGGCCAGAUUUCUGCCUCCCUCCAUCAGGAGGUUUGCAGGGACUGGCUGGGCACCGUGCAGCUGGCUGUUCCCCCACUGCUGCCUCUCUGUGUCAGUUCAGCAUACACCAGAUCCUGCGAACAAGCGAUUCUCCAAACCAAGACACUGUGCUGUGCAAAAGGAUGGCUUCCACCCGCAGCCAUGCCAGCUCCCCAGACAGCCCCCAUCCUGCCAGACUUCUCAGAGGUGGAAGCUCCCCCAGGAGCAUUGCUGCAGGUGAAGCACACUGGGGUUUGCCCAGGCAGCACCAAGAGAAUGGCCCCUCAGCCUCAGCUCGCCCCAGAUCUUUCCAUGGUCACCCUCCAGCAAACUAAGCCCCCAGCCAGGUCUACGAAACCUUUUCAGCUGAUACAGGCACAAAGUCUGGCCCACCAGGAUUUUCCACUAUUUGUAUCCUGCUGCCUUUUGAGGGGUUUUGCUAUUCCCAUGCCAUGGCUGCUGUCCCACAGGGCUCAACGAGGCAGCCAGAUCGUUCCUUAACUCCGCUGCCUCCCUGCCACCCUGCCCGGGUAGUUAGGGGAAUGUGGGGAUUCGUGGGAUGGGGCCACCCCAGCACAGGCUGUGAGGGUAAGAAAGGCCUGGGCCUCACAGAUAGGACCAAGAUCUUGGGCUGCUGAAAUGCCAGGAGUGUUGUAACCCAGGAGUUCAGCUCAGACCCUUAGCUGUAACACUAAGACAUACCAUAUGAUCUACGUGUCCAGUUCAGUGACACUCCCUCCACUUAGAGUGAGUGGCUGAUAACAGAUUUAUAGGGCUCCACAACACGAUAAGAACUCAUUAUGGCUCCUCCAGACCUCAGCGGUUUUGAGAGCAGAGCCUCAAAACAUAGUGCUUCAAGUUCCGCAGCGAAGACCGACAGAGGCCAGGGAAAGGCCCUGUCUCACCAGAGCCCCUCGGUCUACCCCAGCCUGCACUGCUCCUUCCCUAGCCCCGUUUCCCUCUGCCUGCCUAUUUCUUUUACUCUCUGAGGCCUGCCAGGGCCGAAACCAUGCAGGUUUGACCUUUGGUUUACAGCUGAAAUCAGGCAAGGAGCCUUCCCGUUGCUUCUGCGGGCACGGCCCCUGGCCUCUCCUCAGGUUCAGUUUUGGCAGCACCACAGUGGAGGUGUGGAGAAAACCCAGAACGAAUGUUUCUUGGGAGAGAAGGCUGACAGCAGAUGCACAGCAUCUGUGCCCUGGAAAAUCCAGCAGGAAGGAGAAUGAUCCUGGUUUAGGGGCAACAGCAGCUCUAACUAACCACAGACUGCGUUCCUGCGGGUCCUGGCCCUGUGGGGUGAUGUGGGCCCUGUGUGGACACGAAGCUGGUGGAAUCGCAGCAAAAAUGGGGCCUGGGAGAGGUCCCCAGCGGGGACGAAUCUGAGAUGGCCAAACCAGAGGAGCUGCGGAUCCGUGCCGUGAUCGCUAAGGCAGACAUGAAACACCUCGCCUUGCGCUGACGGCAUCAGAAGUGUUGUAUCGUCUCUGAGAGCUGGUGGCAUUAUACCGAGUAACUUAUUGCAAUGAUGUAUCCAAUCAUUUUCUGUAAAUUAUUUUGUAAAUCACAUUGAUUAUUUAUAAUUGGGAGAUUAAAUGCAAAAAAAAAAAAAAAAAAAAGUAAUAACCAGGCUGUCUUUUCCAACUGCAGCAACCUUUUUUCCCGUAUGUAGAGAUACUCUGUGGGGAAUCAUCGUGGUCCAUUUGCACCGAGCAUUCCUCGAUACUGUACAUUAAUUUUUGCUGGUUACUGCCUUCCAAUGGAAACAGAGGAAUAUUUCUUCACUAGAGUUUGUAUUCAUAAAAAAAAAAAAAAAGAAAUAAAUGCCAAAAUAUUUUCUAACUUUUCCCAGA